AUAACCGUUCAAUAUCUAAUUCUGAUCCGAAAAUCAAUUCCAGGAAUUUCGACAAAUGUUACUUUGAGAAGAUUCCAUUCUGGAUUUGCAGAUCUAGUUGAAGUCAUUCUUUGGUCAAAUAUGUCAAAUUGAAAGUCAAGUCUGAAAUACAAUCCUGCAGUUCUAGGGUGAGUGACGGUCGAUUGAUUUGCUUGUGAAGCAUCCGUGAAGUACAAACUUAAUCAAUGCUGUGUCCAAUCGAUGAUUUCGCUAGUUUAGUGACACUUAGGUUCUUCAUGGAGAAGCAUGAGCUUUCAGAACUCUUUUCAAGAGUUUUUGAUCUUCUUGAAUUUUGGCUUCCAAUUAUAAAAUUUAACAACAGAAAUUCAGAAUGCUUCUAGGUAAAAGAGAAGUUUUGCUUUGGUUUGGUCAAUUCUUCUUGUGGUGCAUUAAAUGAAGUUUUUCUUGUUUCGAAGAUGCUUCGUUUGGGAUACUUUUUUUUUGCGUCGGCAGAUGAGCAGACGAUGACCAGUUGAACCCUAUCGUAUUUGGCGUUGUUUCACUCAAUCAAAAAUUUGUAUCUAUCAUUCGUCUGCGGCAGGGAUGGAACUGAGCUGAUGAAAAUCAUGACAUUUGAAUACUCAGUCACUGUCUUUAUUUCUCUAGGCAGUAAAUGAAAAAUUAGAAUGGUGGGACUCUCCAUCACAACCCGUUCUGUCCUCUCUACAUGGGAUGUGAAUAUGAACGCCACUCUCUGUGACAAUUGCACGAACAGCAGUGUUACGGCCGCUCCUCCUUUCGAACCUCCCAACCCCUUAUGGUUGACCAUCAUACUCGGGAUUCUGGCGGCCUUCAUUAUACUUGUAACACUUGCUGGAAAUGUUCUUGUACUGCUGUCCUUUGCCUUGGAACGAACAAUCCGCCAACCUACAAAUUAUUUCAUUGCUUCCCUUGCUGUAUCGGAUCUGCUUAUAGGAUCAUUUUCAAUGCCAUGUUUUACAUUGUAUCUACUUCUGGGAUACUGGCCUCUCGGUGAAUUAAUAUGUGACUUGUGGCUAUCCUUAGAUUGGACCGUGUGUCUUGCCUCUCAAUACACUGUCUUCUUUAUUACGGUGGAUAGAUUUUGCUCCGUCAAAAUUCCCGCCAAAUAUCGGCAAUGGCGGACUGAGAAAAAAGUGAUAAUUAUGGUAUCCCUUACGUGGAUAUUUCCGACUCUGAUUUUCUUCACGUCUAUUGUUGGAUGGCAAUAUUUUGUUGGAAAGCGAACUGUUCCAUCUGACCAGUGUGAGGUUCAAUUCAUGAGUGAUCCAUUGUUUACUUUCUUGUUGACAAUUGGUUACUACUGGACCACUCUUUGUGUCAUGAUAGGACUCUAUACCGGGAUAUAUUGUGUAGCUCUAGCGCUGCAAAAGAAAGCAGAAGCCAAGCAUAAAAAGAUGGCUACUGCCAUGGAACUUUCUAAAAACAAGCAAGCCUCCAAGUCUAACAGAAAUGCGUCAGCGACGGAAAACAAUACUCUUAGUGCCGAGAACAACAACGGAAGGCCAAUGCGUCCUGAUGAGUCCACAAGUUUUACAAAGCCGCCAGAGGAAGAUCGUUCGAGUUCCCCUGUAUUUGAAUCAGAUGAAGAAAAUAACAGUAGCCAGGGGGCUUGUGGUCUGUCAAAAAUGCAUUAUAAAAACAAUGAUAUUGAUGACGACGAGCAAACAUGCUUUGUUAAUAGUGCAGUUCAAACCGACACAACAUAUCGACCAUCUUUGAAAGGAAUGCUAGGAAUGUCCUUUAAUCACGUCUCAAAAAUAGCACUUACUAUCACAGGUACCUCUGGCUCAGAAACCGAGACAGACGGAAACGAGGAUAUAAGUGCUUCAAAAGCUUUGAUAGAAGAAGGACCUCCAUCAUAUACUCAAGUAAUACCGGAAACAUACGAAAAGGCAUCGAAACAAACCGACAAACUUCUUGAGAACGAAGUUUUACAAGGGUGUAAGUAUAUAGAGGAGGACAGUCUGAAAAAUCUAACGUCGAAUGAUAAUCUGAAAAUCUAUCCGGAUGGAAGUAUAUCAUUUGAUGCUACCACUGAUGAACGAUGUUCACCCGUUUGGAAACGGAGGGAAGGGCGUUAUUUGCCCAUCCCCAUUGCAGAGGAAUCAAGCAAUACUAUUUCCACAACACUGGAAGGCGAUUCUAACGUCAAUCAUACGAGCGCCGAGGAAGGCAAGUCAAAGAAAACCCCUUUCAACGGCACUUCAACAAUACCCUCUAAUGACAAGAAAAAUGACGAAGGAAAUGGUGAUAAUGAUGCAAAUAAAGAAAAACCCAGUCUCAUGAGCCCUCUACAAAACCUUGUACAAUCUAUGCGAGAUAAACGAAAACGAAGCAAUAGAAAUCGUCAAAAAGUGAAUUCCAAGUCGGAGAACCGAGCCAGGAAAGCUUUACGAACAAUUACGUUUAUUCUUGGAGCCUAUAUUGUGUGCUGGACGCCUUAUCAUAUAAUGGUGUUGAUCAUUGGUGUUUGUGAUGAUGGCUGGGGAUGCGUGAACAUGAAAUUGUAUCAGUUUACAUACUGGCUGUGUUACCUCAACAGCCCCAUAAAUCCAUUCUGCUAUGCUCUAGCCAAUCAGCAAUUUAAGAAAACUUUUCUUAGGAUUUUGAAAUUGGAUUGUCACAAAACGUAACGAACAGUAAACACUCAUUUAGACUUUCAUAGAAUCUGUGAUGGUACAUGGUCAGCUGAACAAUUAUCCAUCAAAAAAGGCCUAAAGACGAGUCAAUUCAUUUGUCUGUCAGUUGCAUACGAAAUAUCGAUAUUCAUUUGUAAGCUUCAAUGCCUUAUCCUUCUAAAAAAAAGAAACAAACCAUGAGCUUGAUACUUCGUAUUUCUUCCCCAUCUUUGCACCACAUGCAGAUUUCUUCCAGUCCCGUUUUCUACUGUAGCAAUCCCUGGAGUACUGUGGAGAAUUUUCAUGUAAAUCUGGAAGAAUUGCGUAUCUUCUGAUGUGUGAUCUGAUCGUGGUAAAUUUAACCAAGGCGUCUUUUUAAUACUAUUUGCUUGUGCAUUUACAUCUUUAUCAUCACUUACUGCUAUGCCAUUGCUUAAUAUGUUUCUUUUUUAAGUUUUUAUUUAAGCUGACAAUUUUUUAAAAGUACUUUCAAUUCUUUCCUCAGUUUGGAAGGGAAAUUGUAGAAGAAGAUUGUUAAAGAAAAUAAUUAAAAUAUAUCCAAGGUAAAUAUUAUAUACUUGGUCUAGUAUAUCAAUGCUUGAAAUUUUUGUCUAGAGAUAAAUAAUACAUACAGACUUUAAAAGACUGAUUAUUAAUUGCGUUUAUCCUUAAAUGUGCACUACAAUAUUUAACAAGAAAACAUGCUGAUACAAAGCAACGAUGAAUUUGCUUCAUUUUGUCGAAUAAUCAUACAUAGUGAUUGUGCAACAAAUGUUGAAUUUUUAUCAAGUUUUCGCUUAUUAGCAUAAUUUUAAAUUGACGUUGAACCAUGUAUGACUUUACAUAAAAACUACAAUAAUAUUCUCGUCCACAACUGGACAUUAAAUACUCAUUUGUCAUAUAUAGCCGCUGGAAUUAUAUUUUUCAUUAUAGAAUAAAUUAUUUAUCCUUAUUUCUUAUCACUGAAUGUAUGGAAUAUUAUCAAUCUGUCCAUGCUGAUAAUGUAAGUCCGAAUUCGUGACCAUUUUUCGUUCGUUAUUGAUCAAUGUGUACAAAUGUGUGUGAGAAAAAUGGUUAAUAACGUUAUACAAUAAAUGUUUAUACCUAAA